AUGACUGUUAUGAGUGCCUCCCGGACCCAUCUCCACGGUCCUCUUGAGUCCCUUGGGGGAGGCUUGGCUGGGUCGCAAGUGGAUGGACUAUUUUCUUCUGUACGUAUAAUUAAUUUAGUGCAUGGUACUUUUUGCAGCGAAUACGAGGCGCCAAGUCCUGAUCUGCAGAAAAUGCAGCUCCCUGACUUGCCCAACGAAUUACUCAUGUCUAUUGCUGAACAGCUGCCGCUCGAGCGACACAUCAGCGCCUUGGCUCGAACCAAUCGCCGCCUCCACACUCUGCUGAAUCCAUUUCUCUAUCGUCACGACGUCCAGCUUUUUGGAGGCUACGCAUUAGCAUGGGCGGCGAAAUAUGGCCGAGAGGCGACUGCCCUCAGGUCGCUCGAAGCAGGCGCCGACGUUCACACCACCGCGGAAUACGGCAAGACGCCGCUGGCCCUCGCAGCAAAGAGCGGCCAGAAGCAUAUGGUGCGGCUGCUCCUGACGACAGGGAAAGCUGAUCCGAACGUAAGGACGAAGGACGACGCGGCGCCACUGCAUGUUGCGGCAAAAAAAGGGCGCUUGGAAAUCGUUAGCCUGCUCCUCAAUAUCGGGAGAGUUGACCCGGACACCAAGGGCCCCAGAGGAGCAACACCGCUCUUAAUCGCGGCCAGGUACGGGCAUCAGGCGGUAGUGAAGCUCCUGCUCGCCACUGGAAGGGUUGACGUGAACGCCAAGGAGGAGGCCUGUGGAUAUACACCCCUGGCAUGCGCAGUGCUGAAAGGGAAUGAAGAAAUGGUCAAGCUCCUGCUAGCAACGGAAGGCGUUGAUCCUGAUUGCAAGGAUGACAAUGAGGCAACACCGCUAUUAAUUGCAGCAUCUAAGGGCCGUACGGCCAUAGUGAAGCUACUACUCGCCACAGGGAGAGUUGAUGUGAACGUGAGGGCCAGAUUUACCAGAUAUACACCACUAUCAUUCGCAGCAGUGAACGGAUAUGAGGAAAUGGUCAAGAUACUGCUAGCAACAGAAGGCGUUGACCCCGACUCCAAGGCUUCAGGUCAUAUGACACCGCUAUUACUUGCAGUCAGUGAUGGCCACAUUGAAAUAGUGAAGCUACUACUUGCCACGGGUAGAGUUAAUGUGAACGCCGUGACGCUUCGAGACGCACAUGGGGCACUACGGUUUGCAUCAAAUAAAGGUGAUAAAGCGAUGGUCGAGCUGCUGCUGGCACAGGACGGGAUUAACCCCGACUUGAGGGAUACCUGUGAGAGAACACCGCUCCACGUAGCGGCCAGAUCCAGUGAGGAAAUUGUGGAGCUGCUGCUAGCAACGAAUCGAGUCGACCCGGAUUCCAAGGACGAGCAUGGUGUCACGCCGUUGGCCAUAGCGGCCGAGUUUGGCCGCGAGGCAGGCGUUAAGCUGCUGCUAGCGACAGGCCGAGUUGACCCAGAUUCGAAGGACGAUAGAGGCCAGACGCCACUGUUGUUAGCGGCCAAGAGAGGCCAUGAUGGAGUUGUUCGCCAGCUGAUAGCGACGAAUCGUGUUGACCUGAACGUUAAGGACGGCUACGGACGGACACCACUAUCAUUGGCCGCAGAGUCUGCCAAAAUGUCUGUCUUAGAGCAGCUGCUAGCAACGGACAGAGUAGACGUUGAUUCCAAGGACAACCACGGACGGACGCCGCUGUUGUGGGCUGCAUGGGCGGGUCAGGUCCAAGUGGUUGAGCGGCUGAUAGCAACGAACAGAGUAGACGUAGAUUGCAGGGACGGAGACGGCCGGACACCACUCUCGUGGGCAGCAGUAAAUGAUCAUGAGGCAGUUGUCAUGCGGCUGAUAGAAACAAACAGAGUCGAUGUGUAUUCCAAGGACAAUCGAGGGCGAACACCACUGUCGUUGGCAGCGGAAAGUGGCCGUAACGGGGUCCUUAAGCUGCUGAUGGAGAGAGCAGAGUCGAUCUGA